GUUGGAGAGCUACGAUAUGAGAAACCAAAGAAGAGGAAUGUGUUUAAUUUUCAAUAUUCAGAAAUUUGAAUCAUUGUGUCCAAGAUAUGGGGGUGAAGUUGAUGCAGAAAACUUGAAGAGAUGCUUUGGAGCCUUGAGUUUUGAAGUUAUUGUUUUCAAAGAUUACACGGCAUUUGAAAUUUUUGAUACAUUGAGAAAAGUUGCUCAAGCUGAUCAUUCAGAUGAAGACUGUUUUGUAUGUUGCAUUCUAACGCAUGGUGGUGCCACGCCUGAUGGUAACGAGUAUCUUUAUGGUAGCGAAGGGCGUUUUAGUUACAACAGAUUGUACGAUCCUUUCAAAGAUGAUGUAUGUCCUACCCUGCGAGGAAAGCCCAAGUUAUUCUUCAUUCAGGCUUGUAGAGGAACAAAGCUGGAUAAUGGUGUGAAACUGAAAAAAGGAUAUAAUAUGGCAGAUCACAACAAUCAUUCGAUGGUAACAAAUCCGGAUUUCCUUCUUGCUAUUUCUACUGUACCUGGGUACUUCUCGUUCAGAAACACGGUAGACGGUUCCCACUUCAUCACAAACUUGUGUGCUAUCAUAGAAAAAGGUCUCAGAAACAAGAAGGAAGAGCUUGAACUCAUGAACAUUCUAAGACAACUAAACCGAAAAAUGGCUUAUGACUUUCAGUCCAACGUACCAAAUGACAAGAAAUGGAGCGGAAAGAAGCAGAUGCCAUGUUUCAUAACAACGCUUACAAAACAAUUGGUAUUUCCUCAUAAUAUCAGCACUCCUUCUGAAGUAAGGUUCAUCAGUAGGAGUAGAUAA